ACAUGCUCAGUUUUUAACUGAGCACCAACCAACGAUGUAUCUCCGUUUGUGUCUGCUUCACUCAUUUCCUGGAAACGGCUUCUAAUUUCAAAACCGACCUGUCUCCUGCAGCUUAUUUAUUAGUAACAAAUGAACACAUAUGUUUUUCAGAGGAAGUGAUAGUUUAGACCCAAUGACAGCGGCGCAGACAUUGGCGUGUUGCCUUAGUAACUAACCAGCAGCAGCUAACACACACUCUAGGGUUUGGACAGGAACCAGCAUGGAUGAGCUCGAUAUGCUGUUAGAGGAGCUGGCCCUGAAUUCAGCGAGCACACAGACGGUCAGUGAUGCUGCAGCUGAUGCAGAGACGCCAGAUGAAGUUUAUUCUGGACUCACCAGGAAAGAAAACAAAACAGCCACCUCAAAUGUCUACAGUGAUCUGCCUGCUCCCGUGGCAGCGCCUGUCAGCCCUGACUCACCCACCAAGGAGCUGGAGUCCAUCCUGGAAGACCUGCUGGGUCUGGGACAGGAGGAUCCGGCGUCUUCGACCACCCCACCUUCUCUCACACAAAAACAGUCUGUGAAGAAGAAGACGGAGCGUAAAGAAGAGGAGGCCGGGGGGAGCGGCAUCACGGCAGCUUCACCCACAAAGGCCUCCAACACUACCUCCAAAACAGAUACAAUAGAUGAUCUGCUCGGAGGGCUGAGCUCCGACCUGGAGAAACUUGGCGUGCGCACGGCAGCCAAGGGCCACUGUGCGUCCUGCAACAAGUGCAUCGUGGGAAAGAUGAUCACGGCGCUGGGCAAAGUCUGGCACCCUGAGCACUUUGUGUGCGCGGUGUGUAAGAUGGAGCUGAGCACCGCGGGCUUCUUCGAGAGGGAAGGUCGGCCGUACUGCCACAAGGACUACCACCAGCUUUUCUCCCCGCGCUGCGCCUACUGUAAAGGCCCCAUUCUGCAGAACAUCCUGACGGCCCUGGACCAGACCUGGCACCCCGAGCACUUCUUCUGUACACACUGUGGGUGUCUGUUCGGGCCUGAAGGUUUCCUGGAGAGGGACGGAAAGCCGUACUGCUGCACGGACUUCUACCAGCUCUUCGCGCCCAAGUGCUCGGGCUGCGGGGAGUCGGUGAGGGAGAACUACCUGACUGCAGCCAACGGCACCUGGCAUCCAGAGUGCUUCGUCUGCGCGGACUGCCUGAAGCCCUUCACUGACGGCUGCUUCAUGGAGAUGGACGGACGGCCCCUCUGCACGGUGGACUUCCACUCCCGGCAGGGCACCCUCUGCGGGGGCUGCGGCGAGCCCAUCACGGGACGCUGCAUCUCGGCCAUGGAGCGUAAAUUUCAUCCCGAGCACUUCGUGUGCGCCUUCUGCCUGCGGCAGCUCAGCCAGGGCAUCUUCAAGGAGCAGAAGGGGAAGCCAUACUGCUCCACUUGCUUUAACAAACUCUUUGUGUGAACGACUGUCGGGCAGCAGAAGCAAAUGCCAGUUUGCAUUAAUGUGAACUGCAGUGCUUUGCAUUUUAAAGCUGUUAUGCUCUAAGAGACAAACAAAGUCUUUGGCUUUUUCAGUCCUUCAUGGGGACAUGGUACCUGAAAUAUGAAAGGUAAUAAUAAAUUGCAUGUAGAAAUGUGACACACGUUGCUAAUAGAUUAGAUUAUUUUGUUCUAUGAUUAACAAGGAAAAAAGCUAAUGAUAAAAACCUCAAAGAGCCUUUAUAUAAAUGUGAAGUCUGGACACUUAGUCUAAUAUUUAUGAUAUUUCAUCCAUCGAGACCACAUAAAAUUUAUACCCAGAGAAAUAAAAACACAGAGGUGCGGCUUUAACCGGUGGUUUCCAUGAAGCUAACCUCAGUUGGCCGAAGCGCUGGCAGCCGUUCGCCCAGGGCUCCAUCGCUUGCACUGGCGGCGGCUGGCACCCGAGCUUCCUCCUGCGCUGACCGACCAUCUGGCCCCUGGCAUGCACUCGGCCCAGACCGCUGCCUCUCCUCACGCGCUGCUUUUAUCGUUGCCAGCUGAAGAUUAAUGAAGGCAGUGAGGUGAACAGAGGGACCUCCUUCAAUGCGCCUUGGCUGAAUGAUUAAUAAACACACAGUGUACGUUCAUUUAUUAUCAUAAUAUAACUUAAUAAAGUGGAUUUAAACAUU